AUCCCCGUUCAGGAACAGUUCGUGGGAUUAGCAGGCCACAUCGCUGUCCUCUGCUGCCGAAUUAACGUCUUUGAAAUGCAUGAGCUUUCUAUUUUGGAACAGCAGAACAGGCAAAAGUAUAGAGCGGACAGGAAGAGGAACUACAGGUUGCGGCAGCUCAGCUGGAGGAGCCCAGAAAGAGGAAUUAGGAGAGGGCGGGAAUAAUGCUGCCGGUUCCGUUUUGAAAGCGUCCAGAAAAACCGUGCCAUCCUUGUAAACCGCGCAGAUAAAGCUGAAAAGUGUGCCCAAGGAGGCGACUUUCCUCUCCUGUUCACAUGCGUAGGCAGCCUCAGGAAGAAGGUGGUAGUUUGUAGGUUUAUUGAUAGAUUGGGUGGCUUUUCCAACCUUGGCAUGCGAAAAAGAUGAGAAUUUUGCGAGGAAACCGGAGUGACAACGACAAACUCACGCCGAUUUCGUGUCCUCUCGCAUUCCGUCCAUUUGGUGUGAAUGAUGACGGCUUUUUCAGCGGCGUCCUUGGAGUGACGCGAAGAAGUACUUGAUCCGAGUUGCGCUUUCCUUUCUGUUUCUUUUUGGGGGGAUGUUGCAUCUUGAUGUUAGUAGUCGGAAAAGAUGGAACUGAGGGGGAAAAAGUGGAGUUUUAUAUGACCGCAUUUCGUGUGCUGGCCAAGUGUGAAUUUUUUGGGCUUUAGACUUCGGCGGAAAAAGGGAGGUGGAGUCGGAAAAUUGCUGCUGCUUCAUUUGAUGAUUGACAUCUCAAGAUGGACCGCCGGAGUUGGUUGUGGAGGCGCAAGUCAUCAGAGAAGAGCCCCGGUGAGACAGAGAGUUCGGGAUCGGUAUCCUCUCAGUCCGAAAGAUACUCAGAUGACCAGGAAGCGACGAAGGCUUCUCCAAAUGAUACUUCAACUAGCCAUGCACAAUCACCAGAGGUUGCAUCCAACACUUGUGAUUCUGAAGUUGAUGAAACUGUGAAGAGAUUGACCCAGAAACUAUCGGCUGCUCUUCUCAACAUCAGUGCCAAAGAGGAACUUGUCAAGCAGCAUGCUAAAGUUGCAGAAGAUGCUGUCUCAGGCUGGGAACAGGCUGAAGCUGAGGUUGUAACACUCAAGCAGCAGCUUGAAACUGCUGUCGAAAAGAACACUUCCCUUGAAGAUAGAAUUAACCAACUUGAAAGGGCUCUCGAGGAACGUGUCAGCCAACGCCAUCGAUUCAGGGAGGACCAAGAGGGUAAAGUUCAUGAUUUGGCCACCGAUAAGGGAUGUAAGUGGGAAUCUGAGAAGCACGAAUUUGAAAAACAACUUGCGGAAACCAAACCACAUCUUGAUACUGCAAAAAUUGAAUUGAAAGCACUUGAUCAUGGACUUCAGGCACGACUAGAAACUGUUGAGAAAGAAAACACAGCUCUGAAGAGUGAAGUCCAUUCACUGUUCAAAGAUCUCCAUGUUUUAUUACUAGAGAGGGAGCUAAGUAACAAAGCAGCUGAGACGGCUAGUAAGCAACACUUGGAGAGCAUAAAGAAGAUCACCAAACUUGAAGCCGAAUGUCGUUGGCUACACCAUAUAAAUUAUAAGCUAUCAUCCACCAGUGAUCCCAAAGUAAUUGGAAGCUCAAUCUGUGUGGAAUCUUUCACAGAUAGUAAAUCAGAUAGCGGAGAUAGGUUGACUUGUGUAGAUAUUGAACUUGGAUGCUCAGAUUCAUGGGCAUCUGCUUUAAUUGCUGAGCUUGAUCAGUUUAAGGGUGAGAAACCAACUUCAAAAAAUAUUGAUGCUUCUGACGAGAUUGAGCUUAUGGAUGAUUUUCUUGAGAUGGAGAGACUCGUUGCCUUGCCUGAGACAGAUACUGGGAUCAUUCAGCUGGAAGACAACUCCUGCCAGGUUAUUAACGACAAUUUGCAUAUCAAAAAUGAAAUCAAGGACCAUAAAUUGAUUAAGUUAGAAGAGAAGGUUGAGAAGCUUGAACAUGAGAAAGAAGAAAUGAGGAUAGCUCUGGCAGAAUCACAUCGCCAGCUUGAGGUCUCUUGCAAUCUGCUGAUGGAAGCCGAAAAUAAAAUAGUUGAAAUGCAGACAAAGAUGGACUUGGCCAAUGAAUUGAAAGCGAGGACAGUUGUGGAUUUGGAGGGUAUGUGGAAGGAGCUCGAGACUCAGCUAGAGUUAUCAUACUCAGAAAAUAGAAAGCUUUAUGAGGAGGUAUCUUUAUUAGAAGAAAGGCUCAAGGCUGAUCGAGUCAUGUCUGCUGAAUAUCAAGCUGAAUUAGAGAUUGCUGUGGUUGCUCGACUGGAAUUGGAUUCCCAGCUGAAGUCAGCUCAUCAAGAAGUUGGUACUCUCAAUGAAAAAAUUGGAGUCUUGGAAUGCCACUUAAAGGAGGGAAGGGCACUGUCUUCAGAAUUAGAAGCAAAAGUCAAUGCUUUACAGGCAACAAAUAAGGCAUUGGAAACUCGGCUUGAUCAUGCAAAUUCAGAAGUUGGGAAGAUAAAGGAGAAGGUUAAUUUCUGGGAAUUGAAAGCUGACGAGGAGACAAAAUUAUCUGCAGAAUAUGCAAUUAAACUAGAAGCUGCAGAGGCAGCAAUUAUGAAACUGGAACUUGAUCUCGAGUCAGCGAAGGAAUUUGCUAAUAAAAUAGAGGCUACAGAGGCAGCAAAACUGUCGGUGGAAAUUCAGCUUGAAUUAGCACAUUUAGAAGUUCAGAAGCUGAGUGAUAAGGCGAGUUUUCUAGAAAGGAGAGUAGACGAGGAGAGAGCACUGUCUGCAGAAUAUGCAGCUCAGUGUCAUAAAUUUGAAGGUGAGUUCUUAAGGAUUAGCCGAGAAGCUGAUCUUUAUAGAACUUCAAGAUCCAAUCGAGAAUUUAAGAUUAAACAGGAAAGAGAACUUGUUGUGGCUGCUGGAAAAUUGGAAGAAUGUCAGAAGACGAUAGCCUCUCUAAAUCGACAGUUGAAAUCGUUGACGACUUUGGAUGGUGACAUCCUUGAAGCUGAGAUGCUAGAACACCGUGUUAGCAUUCAAGAUCACGAUGGUAGCAAUGCAUUCAAUGGUUUCCUUUGCAAUAAUCCAUUGGAGGUAGUAGGAAGUUACAAAUUUUCAAACGGCAGCGAGAGAGGUUCGGUAGAGUCUUCUUCAGCGUCUUUGCUUUCUUCUGCUUCUUCCCCUAAUUCAUCUGCAAUUACUAGAACAUUAUUAUCUCGUAGUAGGAGCACCACUUGUUAGAAACAAUAGGAAAUAGAAAUUCACCUAAAACCACUUUGGUGGUUGAUAUAUUGUGAAUUUACAUCCAGAGAUUGACUGUUGGUUGCAACUCACCCUAAAGAGAAAUGAUGAUGCAAAAUUGUUCUUGGAAUGAUUUGUUUCUCGACAGGUUUUGCUGAUAAUAUUUGAGUUAAAGUUGUGUUAUGACUCGAAGAAAGCAUCAUUUGA